GGUCUCAGCGUGGGUCAGAAUAUGUGAAGGUCUCUGAGCGCGUCUCCUGCAGGAGGGUCUGCCUGCUGCCUCUGACUUCUGGGCGCACAGGAGCUGCCGCAGGUGAUGCUGGGAGGAGGAUGAGAGAUUCGUGACGCACGCGGCGUGAGUCUGGACACCCAUGGAGAGGUUUUAUAACGACAGCCAGAGCCAGAACCAGAACCCGGAGCAGCUCCAGGUGGUCACAGCGGGAGCGGACAGCCCCGGGCCAGGUGGAGGUCUCAGUCUCCGCGCGCUGACCGGCUGCGUCCUGUGCGCCCUGAUCGUGUCCACCCUGCUGGGGAACACUCUGGUGUGCGCCGCGGUCAUCAAGUUCCGCCACCUGCGCUCCAAAGUCACCAACUCGUUCGUCAUCUCUCUGGCGGUGUCCGACCUGUUCGUGGCCGUGCUGGUGAUGCCCUGGAGGGCGGUGUCCGAGGUCGCCGGCAUCUGGCUCUUCGGCCGCUUCUGCGACACCUGGGUCGCCUUCGACAUCAUGUGCUCCACCGCCUCCAUCCUCAACCUGUGCAUCAUCAGCAUGGACCGCUACUGGGCCAUCUCCAGCCCCUUCAAGUACGAGCACAAGAUGACGCGCAGGUUCGCCUUCCUGAUGAUCGGCGUCGCGUGGACUCUCUCCAUCCUCAUCUCCUUCAUCCCCGUGCAGCUCAACUGGCACCGCGCUCACAACUCCACGGCGGACAGCCCGGACAACUGCAACGCCAGCCUGAACCGGAGCUACGCCAUCUCCUCGUCCCUCAUCAGCUUCUACAUCCCCGUGGUGAUCAUGGUGGGGACGUACACGCGCAUUUUCCGCAUCGCACAAACCCAAAUCAGACGGAUCUCGUCUUUGGAGAGGGCGGCGGGGCCCCGUGCGCAAAACCACCGCCACCGCGCGUCAACGCAGGACGAGAGUGCGCUGAAGACGUCUUUCAAGAGAGAAACCAAAGUUUUAAAGACUCUGUCCAUCAUCAUGGGAGUGUUCGUGUUCUGCUGGCUGCCGUUUUUCGUGCUGAACUGCGUGGUGCCUUUCUGCGACCUGGACAAAGUCGACGAGCCGCCGUGCGUCAGUGACACCACCUUCAGCAUCUUCGUGUGGUUCGGCUGGGCCAACUCGUCCCUGAACCCGGUCAUCUACGCCUUCAACGCGGACUUCAGGAAGGCUUUCUCCACCAUCCUUGGCUGUAAUAAAUACUGCUCCAGCUCCACGGUGGAGGCGGUGGACUUCAGUAACGAGCUGGUGUCUUAUCACCACGACACCACCAUGCAGAAGGAGGCCUGCGCCGUGCCGGGCCCCGGGGCGCAGAGACUCACGCUGCCGCCUCCUCCGCCGCCGCACACCGGCGGAAACCUGGAGCACAACUUCGACAAAGUUUCUGUCAUUUCGGAUGAUUCCCGAAACAACAGCAACUUACUGCUGCCCGCCAUCCUGCAGUACGAGUGCGAGGCGGAGAUUUCUUUAGACAUGAUGCCCUUCAACUCCUCCGGACCCGCAGACUGUUAUCUCAUCCCGGGUCACAUCCAGGACCUGUGAGACCCGGAUGCGCUGAAACAGAGUUCGAGUUCCGUGGGAGCCAACGGGAGCUGAGCUUCCAUGAAACUGAUCCGUCCUGAUACAACAUCCAUUUUUUAGUCACAAGACAAUCAUUUUUCAUGAAAUAACUAUUUGUUACAUCAAUGGUAUAAUAAUUUAUGUUAUGUAAAUAUUUAAUAUGCUUCAUAUUUAAAUGAAAUAACUGUUGUUGUGAACUUCUGCGACCUGCUGUGUGUGGAGGUGAUGGACUUCGACAACCUAUGGGAAGUUCAAUACUAAUAGCGCUAUCACCAGACUCCCUUAACAAUUUGACAAUUUCAAGAGUUGUUGCAUAAUGUGGAGAAAUUAACCAUCUCUGUGAAACACCUGCAGUGAAUCUUAAAUUAUUUGUGGAUUCUCGUAAAUUUGGCAUUCAAUACAAAACAUAAUCUUUUUCAUUUUUUCUGGUAAAGACUGUCGUGGCAUCACUGACACACUAAAAUGUAACUAAAAUGGCUUUGUUGGCUGUGGAGGAUGACACCAGACUACCUUUAAAAAAUGCUACAUUUUGAGAUUUGCUUCCUCAAGAAACACCAUAUAUAACACAUUCAGUUGGAUGUCACCUCUCCAAAUAUACACCUCCAUCACUGGAGAAAUUGGAUAAACUUUUAUAAAAUAAAGAAAUAUCUUCAUGUUUAAUAUUAGCAGAAUUUACAAGUAGGCCAGAAUAAUUAAGAAUUUGUUGUAGACAACAUUUCACACAGUUUCAACAGUGUCUCCUGAGCCAACAAGUCUAAAAGUUAGUGUUUUUUGAAGGGAGUCUGGCAAUUAUUAGUUAGUUUUUAGUGUGUUUAUAUGUUAGUUGUAUUAUAUUCUGUUUGGUAUAAAUGGUGAAGUCUGGUGAAAACAUUGUUACUGGUGACUUCACUACACACACACACACACACACACACACACACACACACACACACACACACACACACACACACACACACACACACACACUGAGUGUCCUAAAGUAUGAUUAGCUAUCUGCCAGUGAGGGGCAGGGCUUUAUUUAAAAUCACCUUUUUAAGUAUUUUUAAAUGUGCUUCAUAUUAUUUUGUAUGUAGCCUGCGUUUGGAGGUCAACUUUGAUGACUUAAACAUAUUAAAUGUAACAUUUCUGUAUUAAAAUGUCUAAAAACAACUCGACCUUUGUUCGUUUCCAACGAUGUUCAAACAGAGAAGUCGAAGAGUUUCCCCAAGGUCACACUUCAUUUCAGUAACUUGCAGCAGAGUCAGUAAGUCAGAGAGUCACGUCUCAUAGUAAGUAAAGUCGUGUCUGUUCGGCAGUUUGACAACGCAGUGCUGUUUUACUGUAAAGAUUCAGAAAUGUUUCAUGGACUAAGAAACUAAGAAGGAGAUAACGACUGGAUUUUUAAGUUCAUAUCUUUAUCUCAGCCGUAAGUUUAACUUCACAAAUAACCCAUGAAAUGCUUCCCCAUGUGUCUAAUAACACAAAGGCUGGACAGGAGCAGUAAAAUCCAGUUUGUGUAACUGAUGCAGUGACGUUUGAUGUGAGUGUUCAGGUUCACUCACUCACUGAACCUUUGAUAUGUUAAACAAGGCUGAGAGGACAAACAGGGCUAAUUAAUAUCAAUUACAACAUUAGUUUCAGUGUUUAAUUGCCCCUUGAGGUAAUUGCAGGCUGUUUCUGUUGGAGGGUUCGUCCUGCUGCUGCUGAGACUCUGAACAAGAGAUCUGACAUUCAGCUGUCUGAACUGUUUCUGUGUUACGACCUUUGAUCGGCUUGAUUGUCAGUUAGAUGUUCAGUAAAUGACUAAAAGGGGCAAAUAUGAGAUGAAAGAUGAGCUGAUUCCAGGUAAAUCUUGAUGAUGACUACAGAAAUGUAACAUCAAUAAUUAGACAGGUAUCUACAGACCUGCUGAGCUUUAAAUCAUGACGUUAUUAUGUGUGACUGCAGGUAACGGAGAAGAGAAAUACAUACACGAC